AUGGCCCAACCACAUUUUGCCGGCCCAUACUUCCCUCCUCCAUUCCCUUCAAAACCUCAACUCUCUCUCACCACCCUCAUUCCCACACCCCAGAUGACUGACCAACUUCCAACCACCAUUCCCUCCUCCGCCACCACAACAACCACCACCGUGGAGCCAACUGUGGAAGAUCUAACCGAUGAUCUUGAUAAUCUUAGCUUCACUUCCACCAUCACUGCUGCGGAGACAAGACAUAGCACAAGUUCAGGGUCCGAAACCACAUGGCCUUCCUCAACCUCGAGCCUCGUGUCAACCUCCUGCAAACCCCAUCAUCCACCCCAAUGUGACGAAUGCUGGCAUGCAAUCCAACGUGAAAACUGCGCUAACUCGCCCCUAACCCUAGCUGAUUUACGCUUUGUCCACAAAUUAGGAAGUGGUGACAUAGGGAGCGUGUAUCUUGUAGAGCUCAAGGAAGGCAAUGGGUGUCUUUUUGCUGCCAAAGUCAUGGACAAAAAGGAAACUGCUACUAGGAACAAAGAAAGUAGGGCUAGAAUUGAGAGGGAAAUAUUAGAAAUAUUGGAGCACCCAUUUUUGCCUACACUGUAUGCCACAUUGGACUCACCUAGGUGGUCUUGUUUGUUAACGGAGUUUUGUCCCGGCGGUGACCUCCACGUCCUCCGCCAACGGCAACCCGAUAGGCGAUUCGACGAAGCUGCCGUCCGGUUCUAUGCAUCAGAAGUUGUGGUUGCUCUUGAAUAUCUACACAUGAUGGGAAUAAUCUAUCGCGACCUCAAGCCCGAAAAUGUUCUAGUAAGAUCAGACGGUCACAUAAUGCUUACAGAUUUUGAUCUCUCCUUAAAAGACGAUAAUUCAACAUCAACGGCUCAGGUUAUUUCCGAUCAAAACCCACCAACCACAGCAUCAACAAGUGACUAUUACCCUUCUGAUACAUCUCAAUUUGCCACGUCAUCAUGCAUCCUACCCAACUGCAUGGUGCCAGCUGUCUCUUGCUUCCACCCAAGAAGGAAACGCAAGAAGAAAUUCAAUCAACGUGGGACCCUCGAGAUUGUAGCAGAGCCAAUAGACGUCCGGUCCAUGUCAUUUGUUGGGACCCACGAGUACUUGGCACCGGAGAUUGUUUCCGGCGAGGGACACGGCAGUGCAGUGGAUUGGUGGACCUUAGGCAUAUUCAUAUUCGAAAUGUUCUAUGGUGUUACCCCAUUUAAAGGGAUGGACCAUGAGUUAACCCUAGCUAAUGUUGUGGCUCGAGCCCUUGAAUUCCCCAAGGAACCCUCAAUUCCGAUCUUCGCCAAGGAUUUGAUCACACAGCUUCUGAUCAAAGAUCCGGAAAGACGACUGGGCUCGACAAUGGGAGCUACUGCCGUUAAGCACAAUCAAUUUUUUGACGGGACCAAUUGGGCGUUGCUAAGGUGUAGAACUCCACCUUAUAUUCCUCGACCGGUGACUUGUAAAAACUUUAGGGCAACCGAUAAUGGGAACAAUUCUAUAGAAUAUUAUUACUAA